CCCUUUCUCUCCUCCUAUGUGCCACCACCUCCUCACACAUUCCCACGCACACAUUUCCCCAUGCACAUCUCCCUCAAUCUCUCUCUCUCUCUGCAUAGAUGCUGCUACUCCUACUUGCUAGCCCUACUACUCCCUACCACACGGCCACACACACAGCAAGCAGAGCAGACGGCUUCGCUUUGCAUGGCCACUGGAGUUGUUGCUGUUCUUCUUCCCUUUGAGCAGCAGCAGCAGUGAGCCGUCCUGUGGUGUGUUGGUUGUCACAGUACUGUGUGGUGGUGGUGGAAGUGGAGGAGCAAACCUUGGACAUGAAUUGAGAGGCCCCUAUCUUUUCCUGUCCAUCUCUCAGUAGCAGUGAGCUGAGUGAGUGAGUGAGUGACAGUGAGUGAUGGAUUGAUGUGUGAUGCCUCACUAGCUGAGCCCCCCCCUCCUCCUCCUCCUUCCUUUGUGGCAAAUCUCAUCAGCAACAGGGACCUCUUGGUGUGACUACUUUGUUUACACGGUGGUUCUCUCCUUUUCUUCUUCUCAGCGUCGCCGUCGUCUUCUUUCUCCUUCAUUCAUUCAGACUUCAUCAGAGUAGUAGUAGUAGGAAGGAGAUAGUGUAGACAAGAAGUGUGUGUGUGUGUGUGAGAGAGAGGUAGAGAGAUGGAGAGGAGGAGGAAGGCAAUGUGGCUGUAUCCAAAGGUGGUGGGCUUCAACCCUCCGGAGAGAUGGGGGCACUCCGCUUGCUUCUUCGAGGGCGUCGUCUACGUCUUUGGGGGGUGCUGCGGCGGGCUGCAUUUCAGCGACGUGCUGACGCUGAACCUGGAGACGAUGGCGUGGAGCUCGCUGGCGACGACAGGGGCGCGGCCGGGGACGCGCGACAGCCACGGCGCGGCGCUGGUCGGCCACCGGAUGAUGGUGUUCGGCGGCACCAACGGGUCCAAGAAGGUGAACGACCUCCACGUGCUCGACCUCCGGACCAAGGAGUGGACCAAGCCGCCGUGCAAGGGCACGCCGCCGUCGCCGCGUGAGAGCCACACGGUGACUGCGUGCGGCGGCUGCGACCGGCUGGUGGUGUUCGGCGGCAGCGGCGAGGGGGAGGGGAACUACCUCAACGACGUGCACGUCCUGGACGUGGCCACCAUGACGUGGUCGUCGCCGGAGGUGAAGGGCGACGUCGUGCCCGCGCCGAGGGACAGCCACGGCGCCGUCGCUGUGGGCAGCCGGCUGGUCGUCUACGGCGGCGACUGCGGCGACCGGUACCACGGCGAGGUGGACGUGCUCGACAUGGACGCCAUGGCGUGGUCAAGGUUUGCAGUAAAAGGGGCCUCACCUGGUGUUCGAGCUGGCCACGCUGCUGUAGGUGUUGGAUCUAAGGUCUAUGUUAUUGGAGGAGUUGGUGAUAAGCAAUACUACAGUGAUGCCUGGAUUCUUGAUGUUGCAAAUCGGUCGUGGACACAGCUUGAGAUAUGUGGGCAGCAACCGCAAGGACGGUUUUCUCAUAGCGCGGUUGUCCUGAAUACCGAUAUCGCAAUUUACGGAGGGUGUGGUGAAGAUGAACGGCCCCUGAAUGAGCUGCUCAUUCUUCAGUUGGGCUCUGAGCAUCCAAAUGGCCGUUACAACAUCUCAAUGUGCAAAGUUCUAAGCAACCACUGGAGCCAGGAGAGGCGAAAAUUCUUGAGAACAGAAAAUCAAAGAGAUCCAAACAUGAGUAAUGGAGAACUUGGUCCAAGAUCUCGGGAAGCAGAAAUCGAACAAAGAAACCCGUUCUUGCGUGGUCUCGAGAAUGGCCAUGUGAAAAGGAGGAGAACUGGCGAUGUUCGACUGAAAGAGACCGAGUCGGAGCAGGAGGAGCACUCACUAUCACUUUCUCAGCACUCUUCACCAUCCCAAUCUGAUCAGGAGCAGAAUGGAGCUCAGAAGCUUUCGGCAUCUCCUAACGGAUCAAUCUCAGCCCUGCAACCGUUUGUUCACCUCAACACCAAUGGCACUCUGAGGGCUGCUGGAGGUGUGUCACCGAGGACCCUGAAGACGGAUCAGUUCCUCCGCACCAUUGCUCCGCAGCAGCGGCAUGAAGUGCAGUUCCUAGCAGCUGAACCCAAGCUGCACCACCGCCCGCCUACUCCACCCCUUAUCGGCGCAGAGGUUCAUGGGACUAUCGAUGGAGCUUUCGAUUCAGGGUACCUCAUGACCGCUGUCGUGAAUGGACAGCUCUUCAGAGGCGUCCUUUUCGCUCCUGGUCCGGGAGUAACGGCUCCGAGACCGACGUUGCACCAUCCGAUUCUGAUGAGCUCGGCCAUUCCCCCGCAGCAGCAGCAGCAGCGCCCGGUGCUCGCCCACGCCAUCCCGGUUCAUGCCCGGCCCGUGCCACAGGCGACGGGCUUCGUGCUGCCGGACUGCAGCAACCAUGCCCGGCAAGCAUUCCCGGCGUCUGCAGCGGCGGCAGCGGCGAAGAUCAUCAAGUCUGAACCGGAGAGGGGCGGCAGUGACCUGCACGAUGUUGUGCUCACGCUGGGAGGGCCUGGAGCUGGCAAGUGACACCUCUUUUCUUGUUUUAACACUUGUGAUCUUGGCCUCUGAUGUUGAUCUGUUAAUCUGCUCUUGUAAAAUAGUCAUCCUGGUUGACAAAAAUAAGACCAGUAACCUUGUGUAAUUGUUCCUGAUAAUGCCCAAUUUUCUUCUUCCUGCGUGUUAGAUAUAUUGAUAUAGUGCUAGUUUGAUGCGACUAGUUUUUUUUUUGGGUGCUUGCAGUUAUUGUCAUUAUAUGGAGUCAAUUGCCUUCAUGGAAAAGGUUUUGUGAGUA